AUGCCAUAUUUUGAUCUGGAAACCAAAGAAGUUCAAGAAGUAUUCCUCGGAUUCGUCAAACUUGAUGCUUUGGAUGCGAAAUGUAUUGCAAAAGCCAUAGAUGAGUUUUCGGCAGAAGAAGAUCUUGAUCCGGACAAAUGUGUUGGUUUAGGAUUUGACGGUUGUUCGACGAUGUCCGGGAAAGAAGGUGGUGUGCAAGCAAUCCUACGCAGAAAAUAUAAAAAAGCUUUGUGCUUUCAUCAAAGGAAGUCAUAUGAAGAGCAAACAUCAUUCUUCAAAAAAACUUUGUUUGUGAACGAAAAAGUUUUACUUGCCUCUUACAAAGUAUCAUAUAAAAUAGCCAGAUAUAAAAAGGCUCACACCAUUGGUGAAGACCUUAUUCUGCCAGUUGCGAUGGAGAUUGUAGAAACUAUGUUUGGAGAUAAUUUUGCCAAACAAUUACAAUCCAUACCUCUUUCAAAUGAUACUGUUGCCCGCCGAAUUGGUGAUAUAGCCGAAGAUGUACAGCACCAGCUUCUCGAAAAGUUUUAUGACAAAUUGUUUUCGAUUCAGCUUGACGACGCAACAGAUAGCAAUGAAGACGCUCAUUUAAUUGCCGAUGUCUGGUUUUGUGAUCGCAUAUCGGCACUAGAAGAACUACUUUUCUGCAAACCUAUAGAACUCAAAGCAACAGCACUCGCUUUGUUUGAUAUUUUAAUUGAUUUUAUUAAUGAGGCAAACAUAGAGUGGAAGAAUUGCGUUGGAAUAUGCACCAAUGGUGCUUGUACAAUAUCUGGAAGAUUCCAAAGCGUACAAGCACUUGUGAAACAAAAAUUUCCGCAAUGUGUCUGGACACCGACCAUCAAUAGAAAGGCUCUGGUUUCCAAAGAAAUGAGUCUCAACAUUGUACUAACGCCGGUUGUAACUGUAGUAACUUAUAUAAAAAUGAGACCCGUAAAAUCAAGAAUCUUUAAUGCACUUUGCAAAGAUAUGGGUGCAGAACAUUCGACGUUGCUAUUUUAUUGUGAGGCCAUCGCGUGGGAAAAUUCUACAACGUGUUUAUGA